UAACACAUUAUAUACAUCGAUAGGCAGUGUGUGCUCGACUGUUUUUGAUUAAAUGCACCACAACUAGUGUUGAGAAACGUUUUUAGACAAGCUUUAACAACAAACCGUUUCAAAACCAAAUUCAAGUAGUGAAAAAGAAAUAUGUCUUAUACUAAUACGAGCUGGCCAAGGAGUACCAAAUUAAGCUCGUUAGAUAUAAGGGAUAUCAUAGAGAAGUUGUCGACCAACAAAUCACCCCUGUCCGGCGUUACGUUCUCCGAGAGCACCCUAACAAGCUUGUGUAUGGCAGCUCAAGGCCUAUUUCUGAAUCAACCAAUGCUAUUGGAGCUGAAUGCGCCCAUAAAUAUUUGCGGCGACAUACACGGACAGUAUGAAGAUUUAUUACGCAUAUUCAAAAACUGCGGCUUUCCACCCCUUGCUAAUUAUCUCUUCCUUGGCGACUAUGUAGAUCGUGGUCACCAAUCAAUAGAGACCCUGACAUUGCUGCUCGCCUACAAACUGCAAUAUCCGUAUACAUUUUUUCUGCUGCGCGGCAAUCACGAGUCCUCGGACGUGAAUCGUAUGUACGGCUUCUUUGAUGAGUGCAAGCGACGCUACAGCAUUAAGCUAUGGCGCACCUUUGUCGACUGUUACAACUGCAUGCCAGUGGCGGCUAUUGUGGAGAACAAGCUGUUUUGCUGUCACGGCGGACUCAGUCCGGAACUCGAGGAUCUGGAGGCCAUACGCGCGCUGCCUCGACCAACUGAAGUACCGGGGUCUGGCUUGUUGUGCGACCUUCUCUGGUCGGAUCCCGAUAAAAACACCAAAAGCUGGGGAGUAAACGAUCGCGGAGUAAGCGUCACCUUUGGCUCCAGCAUCGUUGACUCAUUUCUGACAUCGCACGGCUUCAACUUGAUAGUGCGAGCCCAUCAGGUGGUCGAGGAUGGUUACGAGUUCUUUGCCGGACGCAAACUGGUCACUGUCUUCUCGGCGCCCAAUUAUUGCAAUACGUUCGACAACGCUGGCGCGGUCUUGACUGUGGACAACUCGUUAGUUUGUCGAUUUGUAAUCCUAAAGCCGCAAGCACGGGCCUCAACUGCCGUCCAGAAGCUCUCAGAUGAGAAUGCCUUUGAGAAGCGUACCAAAAAAAAAAUCUAACAUAUCAAUACAAGUUAACCAGCGUCAAUUAUAUGAUAUAAUUCGUUCACUUUAUUUAAUUGUAAUCGGCAUCCAAGCUGCGUAACUCACUUCCGAAUCCUCAUCUAUUUACAUGGUAAAGGCAUUUUCAAGGGCAUGUUCUCUGUGUGAAUGGUUUCUGCUCUUAACUAUUUACAUAACGUUGCUUUUGUCAUUGUAUUGAUUUGUUGUUGCUUCUCUAAAACUAAGUCAACUGAUACUCUGCUCCGAGUAGUUCGGUAUCUGUAUCGUUAUCAUAAUCGCAUGGUUUGUGUGUAUACGGUAUGGAUAUAUGUGUGUGUAUAUAGUUAUAAUAAGUAUAUAUAGCGUACAUUUGCUUAUCAAUUAAACUACUUGCUUGAUUUUCAUUGUAAUAGUAUUUCCCUCUCGUGUAUAUAAGUAAUUAUAAUUAGUUCUAGGCUUGUGCUUAUGAUUAUCAGAAUCGUUUUGUUGUCGUUCAGUUUUUGGUGUCAUAAAAAUAAUUUCCAAAUGAAAUAUCUAUGGAUUGGAAAUCAAUCAACAUACUUUACAUACAUUACACAUUAUAUUUUAUAUUUUCGUUUUAAAAAAAUAAAUUGUAUUAUUCUCUUCGUGUAGACGUUUCGGCUGUUGGUCGUUUUUCUUCUGGAUGGUUUUUUACAAAUGCAUUUCAAUAUUUCGUGAUUGGCAAAUUAAAUGCUAUUAUUAAGUAUAAAUCCUAACAAAAACUUGUAUGUGGACUUGAUUGUGUUUUUUUUUAGUGCAUUUCUCUAUUGGAAGGAGUCGAAUUAUGAGUAUUAUUGCACCACAAAAUUCUAAAAAACAUUGCAUUCAUAAAGUGGCUGCUGCUUAAUAAAUCUGCAGUAUAAUGUACAUAGGUUGGGAACAUGAAA